ACAGGCUGUCCAGAGAAGUGGUGGAGGCACCAUCCCUGGAGGUGUUCAAAAAAGGGGUAGAUGUAGUGUUUCAGGACAUGGUUUAGUGGUUAGGGGUUGUAGGGCAGAUGGCUUGAAGGUCUUUUCUAACCUUAAUGUUUCUAUGAUCCCUAGUAUGUUUUAUAAUAGAGCCCUGAGGUGUUACUCAUGCAAAGCCUCCAUGUCAUCUGGGCAAAUGUAGAAGCUGCAGUUUACCAAAGCUAAACAUCCUACCUGUAUCUGAGUCACUGCAACAAGACUGCCUAGAGGAAAGCCUGGCACAGUCAUGGGUGGAAAACUUUCACUGUUCUGGAAAACACCUGGCAAAAAGGAAGGUGAAGGCAAACUGAUCUUACCUAGGCAACCGGAUGCUGAAGAUGAGAUCAGCAAUUAUGCCAGUAUCAAUGACUCUGCUACGUCCUGUGUGGGGAUUGCAUAUCGAAGCUGUGUCAACUGUCCAACAUGUCAAGGAACAGGAAGGAUCCCUAGGGAGCAAGAGAAGCAGCUAGUGGCUCUGAUUCCUUAUGGUGACCAGAGGCUGAAGCCUAGGCGAACGAAACUCUAUGUAUGUCUUGCUGUGACAAUCUGCCUGCUGACAACAUCUCUCAGUAUUUUCUUCCUGUUUCCUCGCUCCAUUACUGUGCUGCCUGCAGGGCUGAAUGCCUCCUCCAUUGGCUUUGAUGUCACCACCACCAGCAUAAACCUCAACAUGACAAAUGUGCUGAAUGUAACUAGUAACAACUUCUACCUGGUCACUGUUGUGCAGCUGGACAUAGAGGUUUUGCACCAGUCCCUAGUAGUGGGGAAGACCACCAUGAAAACCCUACUGAAUGUGAGCCCUUUGCAGAGUGGCCAGAUCUAUUAUACAGUGGCCAGUAGGAUAGUGGACGACAACACCUAUAACAUUUGCACCUGGACAAAAGUCAAAGUUCACAAUGUUCUGCUGCACAUACAGGGUACCCUGACCUGCACAUACCUUUGUCAUUCAGAGCAGCUGGCUUUUGAAGACUACCAAUACGUGGACUGCCGGGGAAAUGCCACGCUACCUCGCCCACUGUACCACCGCCUGCUGUGACAGGGCCAGGUUGGCAGAGCUUUUGGGUGCAGCUUAUUCUCCACCACAAAGGCAAGUCAUAAGGAGACAAAGUUCUAAGGCUUCUUCUCAAUCUAUGCCUUAAGCAGGAGGCUUGGUAUUUCCUGGAGAAGAUUCCCACCUCUCAUUCAAAGAUGGUAACAUACUUGCCUUUGAAUGUGGACUCUGUUGCCCUCAGACUGCAGCUUGCCUUUUUCAGUGCCUUACCAUGGCUGACGCUUCAACAGUGACCAUGCAUGGGGUCUCUGCUUGGCUGGCUGGAGUGGGCCUCACUGUGAUUCAGUGCUACUUCGGAGGCAGUGCCCUCUUAGUCAGACUAACUCUAGUUGCUUCCUCCUUGCAUAAUUAUGCACUUCUGUCCUGAAUUUAAGUAUUUCAUAAUUUGGAAAAAGGAGGACUGAGGCUUUUUGACUGGAUUGUGUCUGCAUCACCAGAACGUGCACGGGUGCACAGCUUGCACAACAAGAACAAGAAAUAGGACUGAUGUCUUGAUCUCUGAGUCUUAGGAAAAACUACUGCAUGUCAUGCCAAAACACCUUCUGAGUGUGGCUCUUGGCUGACUGUUGUUUUAAGCUGUCUAGUGCAGCAGGUGAGAAUAUGCAUUUUUGUAUGUGUGUAUUUUUAAGCUUAUCCACUAGCUUUCCCUUAAUGGCAUCCAUUUCAGUGAUAAGAAAACAUGUUUUGUAUCAUGAAGUAAAAAAAAUUCUGCUUUCUAGUCAGCACA